AUGACUCUCCCUGCAUCCAAGACAGGAAGUCAACUUUCCCCAUAUCAAACAAUAGUGAGAACGACCAUUGACGGCAAGAUAUCUGAAGUGACAAUGACAAUCUCGGGAAGUACAGCCACUGGAAUUACAGAAGAAAAGUCGAGUUUGCAUUCAGAGAAUCAUUCCGAAAACGUGACAACUAGAGCUAAUGGUAUGUCGACAACGAAAUCUGCUGGGCAAGCAACAACCCAGAAUACUAUGAUGUCACAAGAUGACGCAAACUUUAUCUCUGAUUCACAUAUACCAGCCGCAAUAUUGGAAGUUACAGUUUCACCCAUCGAAGAUAAAGGUUCUAAAGUUCUUGAUAGAGGAUUAUUCUUGUCCGGAAUGGUAGUUGCUUUGGUUGGCAUUAUUAUUUAG